AUGACAAUCCUUUCUGCCACGGUCGAAAAGGCCAAAAAGGCCAAGGAGAUCUGGCUUCAGGACGAUCCCCGCGACCAAGACGAUGAUGACUCGCAAGUUCAGGCCGAGGUGGUUGAGGUCGACGACUCGCUAAUUGAGUGGAUUGCCAUGAAACUCGGCAUUCCCCCUUCUGAUUUCGAUGGGAGUUAUCCUCGAGAAGUCCAUUUCAUGGCCGAGAAGCUGGCGGAGAUGACUCUGGAGAAGGCGUUGAACAUCGUCAAGGUCAACUUUGAGUACCAUGACCACGAUAACAACUUUCGGCACGAGUACCGGGUGGAAAUCAAUGGUCUGAAAGAAGCGUUUGGGUCUGGCGAGGAUCCAGAGAAGGAAGAUCCCGAAAACAUCUUGCUGGUACGUUAUUGGGCUACCAUCUUUCAUUGGUGGAGCCCCUACCCCGAGGUUCGAUCGGUGACAGACCCCUAUGACGAGACCGAAACCACCGUGGAGACUUGGAGAGUGUGGGUUUUGGGAACAAUUUGGGUAGCCAUUGCUGCUUUUGUUAACCAGUUCUUCUCUGUUCGUCUUCCUGCCAUUUCGCUGGGCUCGGGGGUAUGUCAACUCUUGUUGUACCCUUGCGGACGCUUCCUACAGUACACUCUUCCUGACUGGGGGUUCACCUUCAGAGGAAAACGGUACACACUGAACCCCGGAGUUUGGAGUCAGAAAGAACAGCUUCUGGCCACCAUCAUGAUCGGAUGUGCAGCGGGAACCCCCUACGUCACCUCAAACAUUAUCACCCAGGCCCUUCCCUCCUUCUACAACCAGGACUGGGCCAGAGGCUUCGGCUACCAGUUUGUGUUGACUCUGGUGACCCAGAUGAUGGGAUUCGGACUUGCUGGACUACUCAAGAGAGUCGCUGUCUACCCGGUCAAGGCCAUGUGGCCCUCGCUUCUGCCCACUCUUGCUGUCAACAAGGCUCUUCUGGCCCCCAACAGAAAAGAAAGUAUCAAUGGAUGGAAGAUCUCACGAUACACCUUCUUCAUGAUUAUUUUCGCCUUCUCGUUUCUGUACUUCUGGGUGCCCAACUACCUCAUGAACUUCCUGCAGACAUUCAACUGGAUGACGUGGAUCGCGCCAGGCAACAAAGAUCUCGCCGUUGUCACUGGAUCGGUUGCGGGGCUCGGUUUCAAUCCCAUUCCCACCUUCGAUUGGAAUCAGGCCGUCGCUGGAAUCGCGCCUAUCACCCUUCCUCUGUACACUUCUGUCACUGGCUUUGUGGGCACCUUCUUUGGAGGUUUGGUUAUCCUGGCUGUCUACUACACCAACAACUCGUGGACCGCCCACAUCCCCAUCAACUCCAAUCGUCUGUUUGACAACAAGGGCAAGUCUUUCAAUGUGACCAGAAUUCUCACCGACUACAAAUUCGACAAAGAAAAGUUUCUCAACUACUCCACCCCCUACUACUCGGCCGGAAACCUCGUUCUUUACUCGGCCUUUUUCUCCAUCUACACGUUCUCGUUUGUGUACACCAUUCUCAUGGACUGGAGAGCAAUGCGAGAUGCCAUCGUGGAGACUGCCAAGGCCCUCAGAUACAUUCACCGGUCCAAUUACCAUGGAAGAGUCGACCCUUUCUCUCGAUAUAUGCGACGACAUAAAGAGGUCCCCGACUGGUGGUUCUAUCUCACUCUGCUCAUCAUGUUUGUCCUGGCGAUUGUUCUAGUGGAAGUGUGGCCAGUAGAUACUCCUGUGUGGAGUAUUGUCUUUGUGAUGGGCUUGGUGGCUGUUUUCAUCAUUCCCUUUACAGUUUUUGUCUCCUACACCGCCACCUCUCUGUCACUCAAUGUGCUUUCAGAGCUCAUUAUUGGAUAUGCCCUCCCUGGACGGUUCAUGGCGCUUAACCUCAUCAAGGCUCUGUCAGUACAGAUUGCUGAGCAGGCCGAGAACUACACGUCCGACCAGAAACUGACCCACUACGCCCACCUUCCCCCCCGAUCCAUCUUCUGGCUCCAGAUCUGGGCUACUCUUGUCAACAUUUUUGUUUGUCUGGGAGUGAUCCAGUUUCAGCUGGGUUUGGACAAGAUUUGUGACGCCGACAACCGACUCAAGUUCACCUGUCCGUCGGAAACCACCUUCUUCACGGCCUCCAUCGCCUGGGGAGUCAUUGGCCCCAAAAAGAUGUUCGACAAGUAUCCUGUCAUGAAGUGGAUGUUCCUUUUUGGAGCCUGCGCUGGCCUCUUUUUCUGGUUUGUUCAGGUCAUGGUGCCUUACUAUAUGGCCAAGAAAUGGCCCAAAUACUCGGAAAAAAUCCACUACUACCGACGAAAGUGUCUCUACUUCAACCCGCUCAUUUUCGUCGUGGGUAUGCUAGCCUGGGCGCCUCAGAACCUCACUUAUAAGGUGGGCGGGCUCUACCUGGCCAUUCUGUUCAAUGGCUACAUCAAGUCACGAUACCUGUCCUGGUGGAGAAAGUACGCCUACGUUUUGGAGGCGGCUAUGGACACGGGAAUCGCUCUGUCGGGAAUCAUCAUCUUCUUCUCGGUCCAGUAUCAUCCAAAAGAUUUGGAAUGGUGGGGAAAUGACGUGAUUUACGACGGAAUGGAUGGAGGAGGAAUUCCCUUGCCUCCACAUGUGCCAAUUCCCGAAGACCCGGGGUAUUUUGGACCGCCUCCGUCUCAGUGGUAA